AUGCAGAGUUUCCUGAAGCUGCUGCGGGACAGUGGAGGUGCCAGCCCAUCUGUGGAGGAGCUGGAGAGCCUCGCGGGCAGGCUGUGCCGGGACCUGCAGGACGACUUCACCGAGGCACAGCCCUUGGUCACGGCCGUGCUGGAGAGCCAGCUCUUCCUGUACCUCCUGAGCAACAAGGACGUGGCGCUGGUGUGUGCCGGAGCGCUGGCCAAGCAGGAGCAGAACGAGGCCGCCUGCUGGCUCUUGGAGCGAUGCUGUGUUCCAGGAGGCAGUGAGGAGCUGGUGCAGCUCUGGAAUGACAUUCACUACCAUUUGGAGAAGAAGAGGCUGGGCGUGGCCACGCUGAGCUCCGGGCAGAAGUUCCGCUGCAGGAGGAGGAACCCGCCACCCCCCUCCCUCUGCCCUGACGGACUGAAGAGCCGCAGCUACCCCAGGGAGGUUCGCCAGAAGUUGCAGAGCUUCGCUUCGGGUGUGAGCAGCAGGCCCAGCCAGGCCCAGCGGGAGGCCCUGGCUGCAGAGACCAGCCUCACCAUGGAGCAGGUCUACACCUGGUUUGCCAAUUACCGCUAUCAUCAAAAGCUGAGGCUCCAGCGUUUGGAGGCGCAGCCCUCAGGCCACCGCCACCCCGGCUUCGUGGGUGGGCACCCACCUCAGUGGGCAGAGCGAGCCUCCGUCCACCAAGGGACAGUGUUCGUGGGGCUUCCCAGCUUUCUGCAGGGCGGCGAGAUGUAUGCGGAGGGGCCUGGUCGCAACCCAUCCACUGUCCCCGCCGUCCUCCCUGACCCUGGCUUCGCUGGGCUGGCUGCCCGCAGGGAUUUGCUGGACCCUUCAGCUGCACCCAAGCCCUGGCUGGUGUCCCUCACACCGGCGUCCUCCUGGGACGCUUCCGUUCAGCCUCUACAGCUGGUGCACAGUCACUGGCCGCACUUCUGGAUGCCUCCUCCGUACGCUUCUAUGUCGGUGUCCAUUCCCACAGUCGCCGAGCCCAGCUCCACAGGGCUCCCUGACCUGCCCGGCAGCCACCCCCAGAGCACAUUCCUGGAGGAGGGUCCGGGCACCAGCGUCAGCCUUUCAGGCAGCUUCCUGGUGACACAGCCCCCACCACAGGCUCCGGAGUUGGUCCUGCCCCAGAGCCCGUCCUUCUGCAUGACCUUCUCGCUGCACGUGUCCUCCAUGAGCCGCUCUGGUGCACUAUCCCCCCCGCCCUCGAGCCAUGUGCUUGUCGUGUCCCAUGGGCCCCUUUGCCUCCCGGAGCUGGCUCCUACCCCGUCGACCUUUCCCCGGCCUGUGCCUGCUGGGGAGCUGAGCGAGGCCCUGCCGUCCAACCAGGUGCGGUGGUCUGACUGCCAGGUCUCCAGCGAUGUCUUCUGGGUGGCCAAUGUGCUCCUUGAGCUUUCGGGGGGCAACAGGGGCUGA